AUGUUCAAACAGGUUUUCGGAUUGAGCAGUAGUCUGACUAGACUAUCGUUGCGUAAUGUUCGUUCAAGCAUAGCAUUUGCACCACCACUGCAACAACGUUCUUUCUCAUAUACUUCACCAAUACAAGCCACGUUGAACCAAAUAAAGAGAGGGGUCAAGCCUCCUGGCCGUAAGAAGAUCACUGAAUCCCCAGAUUUGGAGGUAUGCCCGAUUCGUAAAGGAGUUGUGCUAAGAGUGAUGGUAUUGAAGCCAAAGAAACCUAAUUCUGCUCAGAGAAAAGCUUGUAGAGUGAGAUUAACCAAUGGUAACAUUGUUUCUGCAUAUAUCCCAGGCGAAGGCCAUAACGCACAAGAGCACAGUAUUGUAUAUGUUCGUGGAGGCCGUUGCCAAGAUUUACCUGGUGUGAAAUAUCAUGUUGUCCGUGGUGCCGGUGAUUUGGCCGGUGUUGUCAACAGAAUCAGCUCCAGAUCGAAGUACGGUGUGAAGAAACCAACAAAGGAGUAA